AUGCAUGUUCUUCGUCGAAUCAAAUAUUAUCAUUUACCAUGUCAAGAAUAUUCAUCAAAUCUUUCUUGUUUUUAUGAUGUUCUUCAUAUUUGUUUAUGUUAUGAUUAUGAAAAACAACGUUUAGCAAAUUGUUUUGACUUUAAUCAUAAUAUGAAAUUUGAUUGUUUAGGUCAAAGUGUCUGUGAAAAUGAAGGUGAAUGUUUUCAAGACACUCCAGAUUGUCCACAUAGAUCAAUGUGUAUUUGUCCAAUAUGUUUUUAUGGAACACGAUGUCAAUUUAGUUCAAGUGGAUUUGGUUUAUCACUUGAUGCUAUCUUAGGCUAUCAUAUUCAACCACAUUAG